GGUUGGGUUGCCGUGCUGCAGCGGGUGGGGCUAUUGGGGCCUGGCCCGGCGGCGGCUCCUCUGCGGUGCUGAGGUCGCCCUAGAGGGCUGCGUCCCGGGAUGCCCGGGACCCUCAUGGCCUGGUGACUCGAGGCCCUCUCCUUGCCAGCUCCUCUCCACCCCGCAGACGGUCUUUUUGAUGUCCUUUAGUGAAGUUUUACCAUUUUGUCCCUGGCAUUUUGGACAACACUUGAUGGCCAUUGUUGCAUGCAUGGUUAUGUAGAUGCGUUGUGUGCAUCUGUUGGAGAGUCUUGUGCUUCUAGUAGCACCAGUGUGGCUUACUGCUGACUUCCUCCCCUUGGAAGCCCAGGGUACCAGGCGAUGGCAACUUUGCACCUGUCUGCCCUGCCCCAGCAGCCCUUGUCAUUCCAGGCUGAGGUGACCUUUGAGGACGUGGCCGUGCUAUUCUCCCGGGAGGAGUGGGGCCGUCUGGGCCCUACUCAGAGGGGCCUCUACAGGGACGUGAUGCUGGAGACCUACAGGAAUCUGGUCUCCCUGGGAGCUGGACGUGCAGGUCCCAAGCCUGGGGUGAUCACACAGUUGGAGCGAGGGGAUGAACCAUGGGUCCUGGAUGCACAGGGUGCCAAAGGGAAAGGGCGACCGAGAGUCAGUGUCUCAGCUCGUGGGACCAGGACUGAGUACAGUGAGUUGUCUUCAGGAGAAAUGCUUGAUGGGGAAGAACUGGAUCGGCGCCAGAGUGCCGUUUCCCAGGGACCUGAGCCUGGAGAGGCCCGUGCGUGUGUCCGGGAGCCAGAGGACAGCCUGGACGAGCCUGUGGAACAGAGAUGCCUGAGGCCAGUCCCAUGGACUAAUGAGGAGAGCAUCCAGGAGUCUGCAGGGAGCCUCAGCUUCCAGUCAAGUCCGAUCUCUGACCAGAGACCUCACAAAUGUGACAUAUGUGAACAAAGUUUUGAACAGAGAUCAUACCUCAAUAACCAUAAGCGUGUACACAGGACAAAAAAGAUAAAUGUAGUCCAUGAUUCUGGGGAAUUCUUCAGUGCAAAUCUGGCUAAAGAAGCUCAGAUAAUUCCUCUUGGGAAAAAAUUGCAUCAUUGUGGUUACUGUGGGAAAGCCUUCAGGUACAGUGCUAACCUCGUCAAGCACCAGCGGCUUCAUAGCGAAGAAAAGCCCUACAAGUGUGAAGAGUGUGGGAAAGCCUUCGGCCAGAGCUGCGAGUUCAUCAGUCACCGAAGGAUGCAUUCAGGGGAGAUCCCCUACCGGUGUGGUGAGUGCGGGAAGACGUUCAACCAAAGGCCCAACCUCAUGAAGCAUCAGAGGAUUCACACCGGGGAGAAGCCCUACAAGUGUGGUGAUUGCGGGAAACACUUCAGUGCCUAUUCUUCCCUUAUUUACCACCAGAGAAUCCACACUGGAGAGAAACCCUAUAAGUGCAAUGACUGUGGGAAAGCCUUCAGUGAUGGCUCAAUCCUCAUCCGGCAUCGUCGGACUCACACUGGAGAGAAGCCAUUUGAGUGCAAAGAAUGUGGCAAAGGCUUUACCCAAAGUUCUAACCUUAUCCAACAUCAAAGAAUUCACACUGGGGAGAAACCCUAUAAAUGCAAUGAAUGUGAGAAAGCCUUCAUCCAAAAAACCAAACUGGUUGAACAUCAGAGAAGCCACACUGGAGAGAAGCCCUAUGAGUGUAAUGACUGUGGCAAAGUCUUCAGCCAAAGCACACACCUUAUUCAGCAUCAGAGGAUCCACACGGGAGAGAAGCCGUACAAGUGCAGUGAGUGUGGGAAGGCCUUCCACAACAGUUCCAGACUCAUCCACCACCAAAGGUCACACCACGGAGAGAAGCCGUACAAAUGCAGCGAUUGCAAGAAAGCCUUUAGCCAGGGUACUUACCUCAUCCAGCACCGGAGGAUCCACACGGGGGAGAAGCCCUACAAGUGCAGCAAGUGUGGGAAAGCCUUCCGGCACAGUUCCAACAUGUGCCAGCAUCAGAGGAUUCACCUCCGGGAGGACUUUGCGAGGUGACUGUGGACGAGGGCCCAUGAGUUCUUCUGUGCACUUCUCCAUAUGACCCACCCCACCCCUUUAUUUAUUGUCCGUACAGUGUUGUCACAGAUGAAGGGCAUUUCUAAUUAAAAACAAACGCAACUCUUUCCUUAA